GUAAUGACUAAACUACUCAUAGCUCUCAUCCUAUUCUCAAUAUGCUGGAAGCCCUACUCCGCUGAACCCAUUGCCAGUUUCUUUGACGGUUUGGACAGUAGGAAUGAGUGUAAAGCAAGACUUGACAGACGGCUCACUGGGUUUUCGGGACUUCUUUAUUCUCAUUCCAAAUACGGCCAAGAACCGUAUAACACAAGUAGAAACUGCGUUCUUAUGCUAGUUGCCCCGAUUGGAUAUAGCAUUCGCGUGAGGGCAUUGCAAUUCGAUGUCGCCAGCACCGAAAACGCGAGAACUUGUGAAAAGGACACUUUGCACGUCUUUGAUCAUGAAACGACACUCGAUCCGGAAAGCUAUGCACCUGCUCGCAUCGAUGACAUCACAUCGCCAGGUCCGAUAAUCGGACAAUUUUGUGGACACUUUGAAAAUCGCAUUUUGAAUACAAGCUCACAUAACGCACUGACACUUUGGUGGCACUCAAAUCCCAAUGGCUCAAAUUCGAAAGGAUUCAAGUUGCACUGGGGUAGCUUUCGGGUUUCUAAAACCGGUAACUGCGUAACCGGGGAAUUCUCAUGCGGCAACGGAGAAUGCAUUCCCAUCGAAUCCGCGUGUGAUCGGUUCGCCGACUGCUCAAACGGCGAAGACCUAAUCCACUCUCGUCAGAUGGCCGCCAAUUGUCAGAAUAUCGAGCUGGACCCAUUGACAACUGUCAGCGGUGUUUUCGUAUUGUUGUUCUCGGCGACGAUAAUCCUGUCACUCUGCGGGUUCAUCAUGUUUGUCUGUUGUUUGUGCAAGUGUCUCAAGAGUACCAUCCCUAUUAAAGGUGCUUCAUCUCACACUACAACUACCACUGCCACGGACUAUAAGCCUGAUCCACCGCAGUUUUAUCCACCAUCUCCUCCAAAAAUGCCGCCGCCGUCAGCAGCUAGUAGUUACACUCCGAGGUUGCACCAUCAUUUCGAGGGUCCACUGGUGCCAAGCGAGACGAGCGCAUUCCACUCGAGCAACAGAAUGCAAAAUCACUACAGUGUGAACAGCGACAUCAAUGGAGAUUACACCUAUGUUCGGAAUGAUGUACAUCGUAAUCUACUCUAAAAUCUGUUCUUUAAUUUUCUAGCGUUCUCUAACAUUGUAGCAUAUAGUUUUCGGGUUGUUAUAGAGCAUACUGUUGUGGUAUUUUUUUCUUCACUGAGCUUUUCCGUCACUUUUUUCCUCUCUCCACAUUUGUCCCGUCAUCCUCUAAUCUUUCCGGUUAUUCUGUGUUGAUAUGUAUCAAUUUGAAUUGUCAUAUUCAAAAGUAAGGAAUGUAUUCAUUGCUGAUAUGAUGUUGAUAUUAUCUUCUUUACUGCAUCGUGAUUUAUGAUUUAUUUAUUAUAUUUCGUUUUUAGUCGCAUUGAAUUCGUUUAUUUUUGUAUUUUUAUAUGUUUAACUCUAAUAAAUGAGUAAUAU